AUGGCCAACAAGACCAAUGCCUCUGCCCUGCUCUACAGCUACGAGUACUACCUGGACUACCUGGACCUCAUUCCCGUGGAUGAGAAGAAGCUGAAAGCCAACAAGCAUUCCAUCGUCAUUGUCUUCUGGGUGAGCCUGGCUGCUUUCGUGGUGCUUCUCUUCCUCAUCCUGCUCUACAUGUCCUGGUCAGGCUCCCCGCAGACGAGGAACACCACCCAGCACGACCCAAUAUGUCCCCGGAGUCACGGCCUCAACCUUCCCCUCUGUGUCUGGAGGCACCCACCGCGCCACAGGGCUCCCCGGGGGACCCCGCCGGCUCCACCGAGCUCAGUUGAGGAACCAUGGAGCAGAGCAUCUGGGCCCGACCAGCAGCUGUAGCCGGAGAGCCCCUCUGCCUCGCCCCCCACAGACCCCCAGGCUCACUCUGCCCUCCUCUGGGAACUGGCCCUCGAUGGGGACCCCCACGCAUCAGCUGACGUCAGGAACGAGCCUAGCGAGCCUCCCCAUGGAGACAAACUCUCCAGAUUGUAGAACUGACACCAGCAAACCGUAGCCAUUGUCGAGUGAGCCAGUGAACUCAAACCAACCUGGACACACAGGUGCCUUCUGAGAGCCU